UGUAGUCCCGUGCAUCAAUGUUGGACGUCGGCAUUCAGACACUAUGCAUUCCAGCCCUGAACACGGAGGCAUUUUAUUAUUGGGUGUUUGUCUUCUGUCCUCACUGCUGCUCUUCACAACACCAUCCUGCCAUGGAGGAAAGGUCCUCAUCUACCCAGUAGAUGGAAGCCACUGGGUCAACAUGAAGGUGCUUAUUGAAGAGCUCCAUGCUAGAGGCCACACCAUUACUGUGGUCAGAACCUCGACCAGCUGGUACAUCACUGAGAAGUCUCCACUAUACACCUCCAUCACCAUCCAGGUGAAAGUGGCCUUUGAAUACCUUGAGGCGUUCCUAGAGAAGCAAAUAAAGGUUCAGAGACAGCAGGCAUCAGCUCAGAAGUUCUUUAAACUAACCAAGGAGUUCUUCAGCAUGAUUGAAGAAGUCCACUUAUUGGCCCUUGAGACGUUGGCUCACAUGUUCGAUGACAAAGAACUGAUGAAGAGUCUCCAGGAGGCUGAGUACGACUUGGUUCUCACUGACCCUGCCAUAGCUACAGGGCUACUCUUGGCCCGUCACCUCAAACUGCCUGUGGUCCUUAACGCCCGCUGGAUAACCAGUGGGGAAGGCCACUUUGCCAUCGCCCCAUCUCCGCUGUCCUACAUCCCCAGCCCAGUGUCGGGGUUCACUGACAAAAUGACCUUUGUCCAACGAGUCCAGAACGUGCUGUUCCACAGCAUAACAAUGUUUCAGCAGAAGUUUCUCUUGGAACCUGGUUACAACCGAUUUUGCACCAAGUACUUCAAAGAGGGAUGUGAUAUAAUCUCCCUGAUUCAGGAGGCUGACAUCUGGCUGAUGAGGUCUGACUUUGUUUUUGAGUUCCCCCGGCCGACCAUGCCCAAUGUGGUCUAAAUGGGAGGGUUCCAGUGCAAGCCGGCACAGACGUGUUUUUUCAACUAGAAAUCAGACAUUUGAAAAUUCCCAACAGGAAGAAAAGUUAUUUCCAAAAAUUUCAGUUUCAUCAAAGUUAAUCCAGUUUCAUAGAAUACAGAUAUCUUUUGGCCUGCAAAGUGUCUUUACCAUUAUAAUCCAGAGGGACAUCAUUCAUUGUUUUUACAAUGAAAGAAACAACUACUGCCUAUAUAACUAGUUAAUAAAUAUCCAUCUUGUCCUAAGACUUUUGUACAGUACUGCAGAUGGUGCCUUUGGAAAGUAUUCAGCCGCCUCCACAUUUUCCACUUUUUGAUGCGUUAUAGACUGAGUACAUAAUUGACUAAAUUGUUUUUACCAUCAAUACACACAUAGUACCCCAUAAUGAC